AUGGCGAUGAACAGAGCGCUGACUGUGAGAUUGUGUGGUACUUUCCGCCUCUAUUCACAAGCUGCUAGAACUGUCGAGAUUAAUGGUCAAAAAUACGUUGCUGAUAGCAGUUAUACCAACGUGACGCCAUCAAUAAUAGGAUUGACCGAUCGAGCGUUGCAUCUGAAGGAAUCUCAUCCCGUCGGCAUCCUGCGGGAGGCCAUUGAGAAGAAAUUAAACUCGACGGACUCAGCUUUUACAGUUUACAAUCAAUUCAAGCCCGUGGUUACAAGAUUUGAGAACUUUGACUCGCUGGGCUUCCCAGCAGAUCACCCAGGAAGGUCGAAGUCAGAUACGUAUUACGUUAACGAAAACUAUCUGUUGCGUACGCAUACUUCGGCGCAUGAAAUGGAGUGCUUUAAUAAGAUUAAGAGUGGGAAAAGUGAAAGGCCAGGAUUCUUGAUCUCCGCGGACGUGUACAGAAGGGAUGAAAUUGAUAGAACGCAUUAUCCUGUUUUCCAUCAAAUGGAAGGCUGUCGUGUUUGGAAGCGAGAACCCAGCAACGCUCCCGGACAGGAGCCAGCUCAUAUUACUCGACUUCGUGCUGAACUGGCCAAUUUAGAGGAGCAGUUGUUGAAUCAAGCGACCAAAGUUGUGGUAGAGGAUGACACUUGUUUGGAAGAUAAUCCUAAACAAGAAUAUAUGACAGAUAUCGAGGUCGAUUUAUGUUCAAGACACCUGAAAAGAUCAAUUGAAUUGGUCAUGACCGAAGUAUUCCAAAGAAAGAUUGAAAGCAUGAAAAAGGCAGAGAAUGAUACGAGCGAAAUCCCUAGCGAGCUAAAAGUACGGUGGAUUAAGGCUUAUUUCCCGUGGACAGCACCAUCGUGGGAGAUAGAAGUUUGGUGGCAAGGCGACUGGUUGGAGCUAUGCGGAUGCGGGCUGGUGCGCGAAGAAGUUCUGCAAAGGGCAGGCUUCGAGCCCGAGUCGACCAUAUCCUGGGCAUUCGGCCUCGGCUUGGAUCGCAUUGCGAUGCUUCUUUUCGAGAUUCCAGACAUCAGGUUAUUUUGGACAAAAGACAAUCGGUUUCACGAUCAAUUCCAAAAAGAGGUGAUAAGUACUUUCAAGCCAUAUUCAAAAUACCCCGGCACGCUGAGAGACGUAGCAUUCUGGCUCACUAAGGACAAGCAAUUGCACACCAUUCAUGAAAAUGAUGUGAUGGAGAUUGUGCGGAACGUAGCUGGCGAUCUCAUUGAGAGUGUCAAGCUGGUCGACCAGUUUGAGCAUCCUAAGACGGGCAGGACAUCCCUAUGCUAUCGGAUAAAUUAUCAGUCAAUGGACAGAAAUAUCACCAACAGCGAGAUUAACAAGCUUCAAGAACAAGUUCGCAGCCAAUUGGCAGAAACAUACGGCGUUGAACUAAGGUAA